AUGUUGAAACUGCUCGGAAGCUUAAGCAUGCAAAAUGAAAAUAAGCUUAAAGAAAUGCUUGUAGAAUACUUGAAAACUUUAUUGAUCUUGAAUAUCUGUGAAGCAUUCAGACAUUCAACUUCUCAAAGAGAUCAUCCUAAAGGCAUGUCGCAACAAUUCGUUGCUUUAAUUUCUCAAAUGAAUAUUUUUGGUAUAAUAAACUUUAUUGAUUAUUAA